AUGCUGAAGGGCAAGGAGGUAUCGUGGAAGACCAGGUCCCCGAGCAGACCGCGCCCCCAGCCCCGGCAGCCGGCGACUGCGGACAAGGGGUGGGACAACGCGGUGAACGAUCUCUCGAGGGACAACUUGAGCAGGCACCGCACCGCGAGGGGGCAGUUCGCCGCCAUCGGCCAGGAGUCGGUGCGCAGCCUCUUCGUCCCGGGUGCGGUCGUGGGGUACCUCGGGAAGCAGUACCGGCUGGUCGAGCAGCACCAGCCCCAGUACAGCACGCCGGACCGGGCGUGGCUCGUGGAGGACGAGCACGGUCUGGAGAAGGUGCUGAAGGAGAGCGCGGUGGUGGUCGUUGGCGACGCCUUCAAGCCGCCUCCGAGGAGAGUGUGCUCGGUGCCCAAGGCCAGCAUCAACAGGAUGGAUGUCGUUCGACCCGCUUGGGACGGCGCACUGGACUUGUCUGCGACGGUCAACGCUAGGCUGCCGUCGGCUUCCAGGAAGUACUUCUCCGAUCCCUACGACAGGACUGCGAAGGAAGCGAUCCAGAACACGAUGCGCCAGAACCAGGUCGUGGUUUGUGUUAGCAAGGCCGGGAGCAGGGGCGGGCAGUCCGCGGACGCCGUGCGGCCGGAGGAGCAGGGGGCCGCCGGCCCCUGCAGCCCGAGGGCAGGC